CAACAUGUGCUAGUUGUUGUUGUCUUACACAUGCUUCGAGCAAAGUGCGUUUUCUUCAUACUUCGUAAUUUAACCAUGUCCAGUAAGAAUGUUUUUGUGCCAAGAAUAAAUCCAGUUACGGGCGAAUCGGAAUGGAUCCCCCAGAAUGAGAAUUAUGAUUACUACCAAGAGAUAGCAAGGUCAGCUUAUGCAGACAUGCUGCAUGAUACAGAAAGGAAUAAGAAAUAUGAGUUGGCAUUGAAGAAAGCUAUAGACCGCAUGCACUCUCAGGGAAAACCUGCUAAUGUUCUUGACAUAGGAACUGGGACAGGGUUACUCUCUAUGAUGGCUGCCAGGCAUGGAGCUGAUAGUAUUACAGCUUGUGAGGCAUUCCACCCAAUGGCAAAGUGUGCCAAAGAAGUGAUAAAGACCAAUGGCUUUGAAGAGAAGAUAAAUCUCAUAUCAAAGAGGUCCACUGAAAUAACUGUGGGACCAGGAGGAGACAUGCCCCACAGAGCUAAUAUCCUGGUAACAGAGGUGUUUGACACUGAACUUAUAGGAGAAGGAGGCCUGGGGACAUUCCACCAUGCCCACCAAGUAUUACUGGAGGAUGACUGUACUGUCGUUCCAACCUCAGCUAAUGUCUACGCACAAGUAGUUAACUCGGACUUUGUACGGAAAUGGAACACCAUUCAGCCUCUUGACAUCCCUGGUCACAUGACAAUCCAACCACCGCAGGAAAUCACAAAGUAUGAUGGAACAGCAUCGUUACAUGAUCUCCAGCUAGAUCAGAUAUCAACUGACCUUUUUCAGCCUAUCACAGAUCCAGUUUGUAUAUUCAGGUUUGACUUCAGUGGGAAAACCAAAAUAGAAUUUCAAAGAUGGAUGUCAAAGUUGGUAGAAACUUUGGCAAGUGGAAGGUGUGAUGCAAUCUUUAUGUGGUGGGACCUGCAAAUGGAUGUGGAUGGGGAUGUCUUGCUUAGCUGCGCCCCCAGGUGGGCUCACCCAGAACCACAGGCAAUGCAGUGGCGGGACCACUGGAUGCAGGCUAUAUUCUACCCAUCAAAUGUCUGUAAUGUGGAGAAAGGGGGCCAGGUUUUAAUACACAGUAUACAUGAUGAGUACAGUUGGUGGUUUGAUGUCAGGACACCAAAUGACAAUAUGAACAAUCUUUGUAAAGAAAUCCCCGCUGGUUCCUCUGGUCUCCAUCUUGUCUGCAGCAGACCACGGCUGGGUAUGUUAAACGACUGUCACAGAAGGGAAGCUUAUAUUGGAGCUUUAAGGAAGGUUAUCAAAGAAGAUAGCAUAUGUCUUUGCGUCAGUGAUGGAUCUCAAUUGCCCCUGAUUGCUGCAGCUUUAGGAGCUAAAAAAGUGUAUGUCACAGAAACCUCGCCUGCCUCCAGGACGCUGAGCAGAGAUUAUGUGAAGUCCAAUAAUUUGGACAGUGUGGUCACCAUACUGGACAAGAGUCCUGGGGAUAUAACACAGGAGGAUUUAGGUGGAAAUAAGAUCACUUUGUGUAUGGCAGAACCAUAUUUCUACUCUUCACUUCUUCACUGGCAUAAUCUGUAUUUCUGGUACAGUUGGUCACAUUUGUCAGACCUCAUGGUGGACAGUGUUACCAUACUGCCCAGGAGAGCCAUCUUAAAGGCUGCAGCAAUGGAGUUUGACAACCUGUGGAAGAUCCGGGCACCUGUGGGGAACUGCGAGGGAUUCGACUUAGGACAGUUCGAUCAACUUAUUGAGAAGGCCUGUGAUAUUUCUGAUGACAGUGUGGAACCCCAACCACUAUGGGAGUAUCCUGGAACAGCUGUGUCCACUCCAUUUACUCUGCUGGAAUUGGACAUGACAACACCGGUCUCUCAGAUCACACAUCCGAUCAGAAAUGAAGGGACUAUAGCAUUGCAGGGCAGUGAUACUUGCCAUGGAGUGGCUAUUUGGAUGGAAUAUGACUUGGAUGAUGACCACACAGUAUGUACUGGACCCAGGGGUCAGCAAGUUCAACCAGGGGUCAAGGUCAACUGGGAUUAUUACACCAGACAGGGUGUACACCUUUUUAAAACACCAGUUAAAGUGACUUCAAAGACAAGUGUUACUUUCAGUGCUUUGUUUAAUCCCAGUGAUGGUGAUGUGAAACUGACUUUUAAUGUUAUCAAAGAAGAUAGCAUAUGUCUUUGCGUCAGUGAUGGAUCUCAAUUGCCCCUGAUUGCUGCAGCUUUAGGAGCUAAAAAAGUGUAUGUCACAGAAACCUCGCCUGCCUCCAGGACGCUGAGCAGAGAUUAUGUGAAGUCCAAUAAUUUGGACAGUGUGGUCACCAUACUGGACAAGAGUCCUGGGGAUAUAACACAGGAGGAUUUAGGUGGAAAUAAGAUCACUUUGUUUAUGGCAGAACCAUAUUUCUACUCGUCACUUCUUCACUGGCAUAACCUGUAUUUCUGGUACAGCUGGUCACAUUUGUCAGACCUCAUGGUGGACAGUGUUACCAUACUGCCUAGGAGAGCCAUCUUAAAGGCUGUAGCAAUGGAGUUUGACAACCUGUGGAAGAUCCGGGCACCUGUGGGGAACUGCGAGGGAUUCGACUUAGGACAGUUCGAUCAACUUAUUGAGAAGGCCUGUGAUAUUUCUGAUGACAGUGUGGAACCCCAACCACUAUGGGAGUAUCCUGGAACAGCUGUGUCCACUCCAUUUACUCUGCUGGAACUGGACAUGACAACACCGGUCUCUCAGAUCACACAUCUGAUCAGAAAUGAAGGGACUAUAGCAUUGCAGGGCAGUGAUACUUGCCAUGGGGUGGCUAUUUGGAUGGAAUAUGACUUGGAUGAUGACCACACAGUAUGUACUGGACCCAGGGGUCAGCAAGUUCAACCAGGGGUCAAGGUCAACUGGGAUUAUUACACCAGACAGGGUGUACACCUUUUUAAAACACCAGUUAAAGUGACUCCAAGGACAAGUGUUACUUUCAGUGCUUUGUUUAAUCCCAGUGAUGGUGAUGUGAAACUGAAUUUUAACGUGUGA